CUGUCUCCAAAGAGAGAUCAGCAGAGAGAGAGAAAAGAGAAAAGAAAAGAAAAAAAUCUGGCAUAAACUCAUAUUCCCCUCCGGGCUUAAUUACUAUACCAUUAUAGCACUAGUGCUUGGCUGUAACCCAGCGCGGAGCACAAGCCCUGGGUCCACCUUCCUGUCCCAUAAGUAAACAAGUAAGUAAAGUCAUAAUGGUGAUCAUUUACAUUUUAUACUAUGUUAUGAUUUGAAACGUUUUGUAUGCUUGCUUUGUUUCAGUUAAAAUAGCGGCAGUAAUAGAACUGGGGAUGAAACUCAGUUGGGAUAGCGCUUGCCUAGCCCACAUGGAGCCCGGGUUCCGUUCCCAAGGCCAGAUUAACUUAGUAUGUGCACCUAUAACUCCAGCACUUGGGACUAGGAGACGGGAGGACAAGAAGUUCAAGGUCAUCUUCAGUUAGGUAGGGAGUUCCAGGUCCGCCUGGAAUGCAUGCAACUUGUCUCAACAAGCAAACCAGAACAAUAAUAGUAACACUCAUAGUGCCUACAUACUGGGCCCUAUUGUUAUGUAAAUAUUACCAAUUUAAAGCUGGACAUAGCAGCACAAGAAUGUAGUGAUCACUUGAUUAGCCUAGCGAUGUAGAAAAACCCUGGCCAAAAAUGUUCCCUUGGGGGCUGGAGAGGUGGCCCACAGUUGAGAGCACUUGCUGCUCUAACAGAGGACCUGUGUUCCAUUCCCAGUGGCCACAUGGCCCCUCCCUACAAAGAAGGAAAAUCUGUAGAGAAAGCCGAUGAGGGGCUCCCAGGGGCUGGGGGAUGCGGUGCCAGUGGAGUUCCCUUGGGUCACUGAAAGUGUUGGUGAACCAGAAGUGUUCCUGGUUGCACAGCAUCGCGAAUGUUCAGAAUCCCACCGAAAGAGAUGCUUUAAAACCCUGAAAGUGCUGGCCCACAGCGCUAAUCCCAGCUCUCCGGAGUCAGAGGCAAGUGGCCCUCGGAAGUUCUAGGCUAGCCUGGUCUACGAUGAGCACUUGCUAGUGCGCACCAAGCCUUGAGUUCAAUCCUUGCAUCACAGAGAUGCUUAAGCUGGUGAGCUCUCUGCCGUGUGGCUUUGUUUUUGUUGGGGCUGCUGUGACAAAGUAUGGUAACUUGUGUAGCUGGUCAACAAUAGAAACUCAUGGCUGCUGACGCUGGAGGCUGGAAGGCGGAGGUCAGGUUAUCUAGUGAACCUGUUUCUUCUGCCUGGGAAGCCUGCCUUCCUGGUCUCACCUCCCAGACACUCGAAUCUCUUCCGUCUGUCACCUCGGGGCUUAUGAUUCCAACAGAUGAACUGAGAGAGAUGCAAGCUUUCAGACCAUAGCAGAAUUUUACCUCAGUUUAUAAAAGGUUUGUGGGACUUUGGAUAUAGUGCAGUGGUAGAACACUUGACUAGUUUGUUUGAGACCCUAGAUUCAAUCCUCAGUAUGCCAAAAAAAAAAAAAAAAAAGGCAGUAGGGGUAAGAACAGUGUUCUGGAUUUCCUCAAGGGUGACAUGGUGACGGUAACAGUCCCCAGAGUAGAGAUGAGUAAUACGUCAGUGUCACAUAAAACACUCGUCCUCUAGCAGGUACUCAAAUUAAAUGACAGUUACCUUUUCUCCUACACAAAUGUCUAACCUGUUUGCCUACUUUUUAAAAGAUGACUCCAGCCAGACAGCCUGUCCUCACGUGGGGUUCACCCACUCUUGCCUCCUGCUCCUGGCCCCCCAUGCCACCACUGGGAAUACAUUGCCUCCUGUGUACAGGACAACAUGGUCCUUGGGCCAUCCCUGCAGAGUCUCUCAAGAAUCCACCUCCGAAUCGGAGGCUCCAAGGGCUGUGGGGAGGGGCCUAGGAAGCGGCAUUUUUUGGUCUAGCUUCAGAGAGUCAGAGAACCAGGUUGAACCCUCUCUACUGUCUCUCUUCAGGAAGCUGCUCAGGGAAGCACUGAUGUUCAGAACCCUCCUCUCGCCUUUGCCCAGGGUUCCAAGUGUCUCUUAGCUCCACCUUGGACUCUUGUGGGUGUGCUGUCACCAGCUGUACUGGGGGACCCCAGGGACAAAUGACCUCCCUCUCUCCUUUGCCUUCCUAAACAGAUCUUCUGGGUUCCCCUGGGUAUGGGCUCUCCUGGGAUGCUAGAGUCUUCAAAAUUUGUAGCGUCUUGCUUUGUUUUCUUCUGUGUUCUUGGGAGAGCCUGGCUUCUCUUCUCCUAUUGUUCUAUUUCUGACUUUUCUAGACAGCCUGGAAACUUCAGCGCAGGCUCACCAGCCUUUGCUUUCCUACCCAGAAUGCACUAGGUGUGGACUGGCACCCACCCCACCCGGCAGUGACCAUGGAUCCUGGAGCUGGCUCUGACUCAUCUCUGACUGUGAAUGAGCAGGUCAUUGUGAUGUCAGGCCAUGAGACCAUCCGAGUACUGGAAGUCGGGGUGGACACUCAGCUCCCGGCUGAGGAGGAGAGCAAAGGACUGGAGAGCGUGGCUGCUGACAGCUCCCAGAGUAGAGGCCCUGCGGAAGCUAGCGAACCUGCUGCUGAAGCCGGGCCUCGUGACCCAGACCACUCUGCAGAGACAACUGUGAAGUCGCUGCCCGGGAUCCCUCCAAGUUCUGCCCCAGCCAUUGCCACCUUCAGCCAAGCCCCAAGCCAGCCUCAGGCAUCACAGACCCUGACGCCACUGACCCUACAAACUGCCCCCCAGGUCUUGACUCAGGAAAACUUAGCCACAGUUCUGACAGGAGUUGUGGUUCCGGCAGGGGCGGUUACUCAACCUCUUCUUAUCCCCAUCAGUAUUGCAGGUCAGGUGUCUGGGCAGCAGGGGCUGGCCGUGUGGACAAUCCCUACAGCAGCCGUGGCUGCCCUCCCUGGACUGGCCGCUGCUUCUCCUACCGCGGCAGUCUUCAAGCCACCGUUAGCUGGGCUCCAAGCAGCUGCCGUGCUGAACACCGCUCUCCCAACACCUGUACAAGCUGCCCCACCAGUCCAGGCCUCCUCGCCCACCCAGCCCCGGCCACCAGCUCAGCCCCAAACGCUGUUCCAGACCCAGCCGCUGCUACAGACCACGCCUGCCAUACUCCCACAGCCCACUGCUGCCGCCGUCGCCGCCCCCACCCCGAAGCCAGUGGACACCACCCCGCAGAUCACCGUCCAGCCUGCGGGCUUCGCGUUUAGCCCAGGGAUCAUCAGUGCUGCCUCCCUCGGGGGACAGACCCAGAUCCUGGGCUCCCUUGCCACGGCUCCAGUCAUUACCAACGCCAUUCCCAGCAUGCCGGGGAUCAGCAGUCAGAUCCUCACCAAUGCUCAGGGACAGGUUAUUGGAGCACUUCCAUGGGUAGUGAACUCGGCUAGUGUGGCCACACCAGCACCAGCACAGAGCCUACAGGUCCAAGCCGUGACUCCCCAACUCUUGCUGAAUGCCCAGGGCCAAGUGAUUGCAACCCUAGCCAGCAGCCCCCUGCCUCAACCUAUGGCUGUCCGGAAGCCAAACACACCGGAGUCCCCUGCUAAGAGUGAGGUGCAGCCUAUCCAGCCGACGCCGGCUGUGCCGCAGCCUGCCGUGGUCAUCACCAGCCCGACCUCAGGAGUCAAGCCCUCUGCUUCAGCUCCCAUUCCAAUCACCUGCUCCGAGACCCCUACCGUCAGCCAGCUGGUCUCGAAGCCACACACCCCGAGCCUAGAUGAGGACGGGAUCAACUUAGAAGAGAUCCGGGAGUUUGCCAAGAAUUUUAAGAUCCGGCGGCUCUCCCUGGGUCUCACACAGACCCAGGUGGGCCAGGCUUUGACUGCAACAGAAGGUCCAGCCUACAGCCAAUCCGCUAUCUGCCGGUUUGAGAAGUUAGACAUCACACCCAAGAGUGCCCAGAAGCUGAAGCCGGUUCUGGAGAAGUGGCUGAAUGAGGCGGAGCUCCGGAACCAGGAAGGCCAGCAGAAUCUGAUGGAGUUCGUGGGUGGUGAGCCCUCAAAGAAACGCAAGCGGCGCACCUCCUUCACGCCGCAGGCCAUAGAGGCUCUCAAUGCCUACUUUGAGAAGAACCCCCUGCCCACUGGCCAGGAGAUCACCGAGAUCGCUAAGGAGCUCAACUAUGACCGUGAGGUGGUACGGGUCUGGUUUUGUAAUCGACGCCAGACGCUCAAAAACACCAGCAAGCUGAACGUCUUUCAGAUCCCUUAGGGCUUCCUCUCAGCCCUUGUUCCAGCACUUUCUACUGUCCCCUCAGCAACUGGCUGUCGUCAUGGCGGCGACAGUACCGUGUGCAGCUGAGCUUGCCCUAGGUCAUGAGACUCCACCUGUGCAUGUGUGUCAAUGCCUGCCUCUUCUGCCCAAUAUGUCACACCCUGGGGAGGCCCAAGGGGCUGCAUGAGAGCCCUAGGCUCUGGGCUGGGCACAUGGAAGGAGGGGAUUUAUGGCGUUCUCUCAAAAAGCACUUUGCCAACAUGGUUUCUGAAGGGUAUAUUUUGGUUGGGAACCAGAAAGGCUCUGUCUUUGGGGCGGGGCUGUAGCAACUCUUGGGGGCCACUGUGCAUUAGCCCUUGUUUUUGGUGGCGCUCUCCACCCCUUGCCCUGAGCUCCUCCGAGGUUGUGCCAGUGUGACAGCUCACCCAGUGGAACCUCAGCCUCACACUGCCCUCUUUUACUUUUUACACGGGCACAUUGACCCCCGUAAAGGACCAAGGAGAUGAAGUUCAGAAGUGUGACUCACUGUUUGCCUUGACCUCCAGCAGAAAGUUCUAGAGCUGUGGGGUCAGAUGCUGGGAGGUUCCUCCUGGGGUCCUGGGGGUGGUGGGAUUGCACUAAUGCAGAACCCUUCCUCUGCAAACCAAGUGGGAAGGGAAGCAACAGCGAACUCUCCCAGCCUGGAGAGUCUUAGGUCUGUUGCAGGUCUGGAAUUUAGUAAAUAAGGCCAUCCGCCCAGAUUUUAAUCUAAUCGUCAUCUGUGACUGUCUCCCAAGAAAAGCUCUCUAGGGAACUGCCAGCUUGGGAACAUUUCCACUGCCCGCUGACGCAGGCAGCUGCAGGUGGCACGGAUACCCUCUCUUAUGCCCAUACCCAUCUCAGUCCAGCACUGAGGUCUCUUUGGAGGAACACAUUGAGUGAGAAGCCAGAAAGCAAGGAGCCGGAGUGAGGAGGAGGGCAAUGUCCAGAAAGAUGAUGGUCCAGGAAGAUGUCUAGUUGAGGCUGGCGUACCUCUCGCUUUCUUUGUAACUUCAAGUCUUCGAUGUUGAAGUUUUCACUUUGUCAGAAUGCAGACCAAGUCUGUGUGUGGCAAGCCCCGUGCCGCUCUGCCAUGCUCCUCUGAGCCAAGAGUGCCCAGGCCGGGAUGGACUUUGCCUCUGUAGGUGAUGGCACGCUGGGGGCUAGCAUCAUAUUCAAGUCACUGGGUGAGCAUCCAGCCACUGGGAAGCUGGCCAGUCCCUUGACUUCAAUGUGUUGGCCGGAGAAUGUAGUUCGGUGGGAGAGAACUUAGCAUGUACAAGACUCCAGAUUCCGUUUCUAGCACUGAGGGGGAAAACAAUUAGUAUUUGGUUUCAGGAAGUUAGGAAAGAGCUAAGAUAAUGGCUUGAAUGACCCCAGAAUUGCCACCAAGACUGUCCUGAUCUACAAGGAUAAGGACAGCCAGACACUACGUUUUGGUUUGGUUUGUUGUUUUGUUUUUUGAGAUAGGAUCUCACUUAGUCCAGAGUGACUUGAAACUUGUGGUUGAAAGUGACCUUGAACUCCUGAUUGACCCUUCUGUGUCCACCUUCCAAGUGCUGGGAUUACUCCGCGCCACGGUGCCACCACUCCUGGCUCUUCUCCACUCUCAGCCUUACAGAGCCUGCUGUCUAGACGGCCACCUUGCACCUCAUGUGAUCUGUCCUGAGGAAAUGACAGUCAAAGACACGUUACCUUCUCUGCUGAUCACAGUACAGGGACACUGAGGCCUAGUUCCCUCUUCUCUCUGUCCCCUUUCCUCGUGAAUACUAGUCCCUCUUGGGUCCUGCAGUGCCAGUGUGGAGAACCAGCUGGUAGCUCUCCAGUGAGUGGAGACAGUAGUAUGCUGAAUUAACACACACACUCCACGGCAUUCAAAUCAACCGAACCUGCUGGGGUCUGCAGGGAAUAAGGAGGCAGGUGCGCAGCUCUCCUGACUCUGCCUCCCAGGACAGAGUGUCCCUGGAGGGGGAAGGCCGUCUCUUCGACGACUGUGAUUGUCAGCCUGCUUCCGUGUGAUGGGAAGUCAGGAGGGUACUGCAUGUGAGUUUUCAGUGUGGAUGCUUACAUCUUGGAGCUUAUCAAAUGACUCACUUGAGAAAUUAUAUGCAGCUUUUCUUGCUCAAAACCUGCACUCAGGAGUGCUGGUCUUUUGUGGAGUGGCAUGUUGUAUGAAGUGGUCAUGACGUGGCCAUGCAGGAGGAUACCAUCUGUUCUGUGGCAUUACAGGGAAAAAUCAUGAGCAACUGAUCUAAAUUAAACCUGGCCAUGCUUUCUCACCCUGCCCUUAGUCUAAACUUGUCUUCCCAAGGCUGGGCCAGAGUAAACCAUUUUCUCCUGUGUAGGAAAGAUGCAUUCGGAACUGUAGGAGAGCCCGGAUGUUUACAGGCUGGACUUCCCAAAUGCGAGGUGCAAGGUAUGCAUAAAGUAUCCCCAAAGUAUAGUUCACUUUGACCUAUGAACUCUGCCUCUGCUCCCCAGUCUGAGCCACUAACCUACAAGGUAAUUUUCGUUGUUCUUUGGGUUUGGGGAGCAUUAGACUCUGAAAACAGAGUUAACAGUUUUAUUUUGAAAGCACCCUCCUGGACUUCAGCCCACGCCCAGUGGCGCUCUUGCUCUGGAUGACAGGAGAAUGGGCAUAAAGCGGUCAGCUCUGGUUGGCCAGUGUGAAGUGGCAGGAAACUAGCAGUGUCCGCGGCCUGCAGUCAGCUGUGCUCUUUGCUCUUGCGCUAACUAUGGCGUUUUUUACCCAAGCAAAGUCCAGAGAAGAAACUGGUCACGUGAACUGUAAAUGCACUUGAGUGUGGAAUGAGAAAGCCUGAUGUGUUUGUGUUCUUGAAAAUCCAGUCACCUGCCUGUGCCCAGGAUCCCUCUCUGCCUGCGAGGCCAGAUUCUGUCACUGAAGUCCUGAUGGUCUCCACUCGUGGGGCACUGCCUCUGGAAGCUGGGGAGAAGAACAGGGGAGAAGCACUUGGUGUAGUUGUGUGAAUAAACACUAUUUUUUCUUUUGUA